AUGGCGGACGCAGUCAACAAAGUCACCGACACUGUCGGCAAGACCGCUCAGGGCGCUACAGAUACAGCUGGUGAUGCAGUCAAGGGCGCUGGCAAGACGGCUGGUGAUACUACCAAGGGUGCCGGCGAUACCGCAAAGGGGGCGAGUGGUCAAUCGUCAGGAGGAGGUGGCGGUGGAGCAGACCAUCUCGGACUGGGCAAGACGGAUAUUGGUGGUAGCUAG